UCCUUGCAAUCAUCGGUGCACGAAUCAAAACCAGUCAACUUCUCGUCAUGGCCAGCAUCCACACUGCCGCUACCAAUCUCAUUUCCUCUCCCCUCCUCCAUCGCUGCCUCCUCCUUCGCUCCGCCUCUUUCUUGUCGUCGACCGCUCCAAAACCCUUCUCUUUCUCCACCACCAGGCGGAACUCGUCUGCGUCUUCGGCCAUGCAAGCGCCGGAUUCCGUCUCCGCCAAAGAAAUGCCGCCGAACGGAAUCGACCCCACGACCGCGGAAGAAUACGCCUCGCAGUCCAAAUUGCUCCAAGAAUUCGUCAACCUUCCCAUCAUCGACAAGGCUUGGAUCUUCAAGUCCGACACUGCAAACACCUCGUGGGCCAUGUUUUUGGUCAGGCAAGUAGAUCUUCUGGCCAACAAGAAGAGGACGAUGACAUUGUCUUCUCGUAUCUCGAAGGCUAGCAAAGAUUCUGUCGAUUUCCAGUGGUCUACCUUUCCAGUCGAGAUGAGCGGCGCGGCCACGGUGGUUCCAUCACCGUCGGGUUCUAGGCUUCUCGUGGUUCGUAAUAAGGAGAACGAUUCGCCUACGGUGCUCGAAAUUUGGGGGUCGGCGAUGUUGGAGAAGGAAAUUCACAUUCCCCAGUCGGCGCAUGGAUCAAUAUAUACCGAUGGAUGGUUUGAGGGAAUUUCAUGGAACCAUGACGAGUCAAUGAUUGCAUAUGUCGCUGAAGAACCCCCUCGAGCAAAACCUGUCUUUGAUUAUUUAGGCUUCAAGAAAGAAGAUUCGGCUGAGAAAGAUUGUAAUAGCUGGAAAGGACAAGGAGACUGGGAAGAAGACUGGGGUGAAACGUAUUCUAAGAAAAGGAAGCCUUCACUUUUUGUUGUCAGCAUUAAUAGCGGAGAAGUGCGAGCUGUCAAGGGCAUUCCUUGCUCCUUAAGUGUGGGUCAAGUUGUUUGGGCCCCACCUUCUAAGGGGAGUGAUUCAUUGUUGGUAUUUGUUGGGUGGUCAGCAGAAAAUGGUCUGCAGAAUUCUCCCAGAAAGCUUGGUAUUAAAUAUUGUUACAAUAGGCCAUGCGCAUUGUAUGCAAUUGUGGAUCCAUUUCACCAGCCAAGUACUAAUAAAGUGUCACAUGAGGGCGAAAUGGAUGACCAUGCAACUGCAGUCAAUUUGACUCAUGGCUUUAGUAGUGCAUUCUUUCCUCGGUUCAGUCCAGAUGGAAAGUAUCUGGUUUUCCUCUCUGCAAAGAGUGCUGUUGAAAGUGGAGCUCAUGCUGCAACAGAAUCACUUCAUAGAAUUGAAUGGUCUGCUGACAGAAAGCUGGAUCAAUCCGUUAAUAUUGUUCAUGUGGUCCCUAUUGUCAUGUGCCCUGAGGAUGGUUGUUUCCCUGGGCUUUAUCAGUCAAAUAUCCUAUCUAAUCCAUGGCUUUCUGAUGGAUGUACAAUGAUUGUUUCUUCCGUGUGGUGCAGCACUCAAGUAAUACUUUCAGUAAAUAUUUUCAGCUGCAAAGUUUCUCGUAUCAGUCCUAAUGAAUCAAAUUAUUCAUGGGAUGUUCUUGCGCUGGACGGAGAUGAUAUUCUUGCUGUGUGCAGCAGUCCUGUUGACCCUCCACAAAUCAAAUACGGAUAUCAUACUCAGCAAGUGGACCAGUUAAUUACAUGGAAUUGGUUAGAUGUUUCUAGCCCAACUUUAAAAUAUUCUGAUAAGGUGAGAUCUUUGCUAUCAUUUCAUAAAUUUAGUUUAUUGAAGAUUCCAGUUAGUGAUCUUUCUGAAGAACUUCCUAAAGGUGCCCAUAAGCCAUUCGAGGCUAUCUUUAUACAGCAUUCAAAUUCUACUUCUGAGGAAACAUGUAAAAAGAGUAAAGUAGAUGGUGUAUGUACACCAUUGGUUCUCAUUCUCCAUGGUGGUCCACAUUCAGUUUCAUUGACGAGCUAUUCAAAGUCAUUGGCAUUUCUUUCUACAUUAGGCUACAACUUGCUUCUGGUGAACUACAGGGGUUCACUGGGAUUUGGGGAAGAAGCAUUGCAAUCUCUUCCAGGAAGAAUUGGCUGCCAGGAUGUAGGAGAUGUACUUGCAGCUUUAGACUAUGUCAUUGAUGAGGGACUUGCAAGUGCAUCUAAAGUAGCUGUUCUUGGAGGUUCACAUGGAGGCUUCUUAACAACUCAUUUAGUGGGCCAGGCUCCAGAUAGAUUUGUUGUGGCAGCUGCUCGCAAUCCUGUAUGUAACUUGUCACUAAUGGUUGGUACCACCGAUAUCCCUGAUUGGUGCUACACAGAGGCUUGUGGGAAGGAAGGGAAGAAUUUCUUCUCGGAAGCUCCUUCAGCCGAACAACUUAGUCUCUUUUACAAUAAAUCUCCUAUAUCACAUAUUCUGAAGGUCAAAGUGCCUAUUCUUUUCCUUUUGGGAGCACAAGAUCUUCGAGUUCCUAUGUCAAAUGGUCUACAGUAUGCACGGGCUCUGAGAGAGAAAGGAGUUGAUGUCAAAGUGUUGGUAUUUCCUGAGGAUGUCCAUGGCAUUGAUAGGCCUCAAUCUGAUUUUGAAAGCUUUCUUAACAUUGGUGUCUGGUUUAAGAAGCAUCUAAAUUGAAUGUUUAACCUGUGAACCGCGUGUCAAUGUUUCUCACCACCUAAGUUGUGAAUGAAAUAAAGGAAUUCAUUAGGUCAACCAUUGACUGUGGUGGCUAACAAUUGCUGCAUUGUAAGCAUAUCCGAGGAUAAUGUAAUUUGUUCAACUCGUAAGCUGAGUUCCAUUUGGAUGACAAAGUUGAUGUGGGUUGGUUCAACAUCAAGUUUUAUGUAUAUCUUUAGUUUUUUUAAUUUGUGCACCACACCCAUUGAUUGCCACAAGAAGCUUAUCUUCUUAAUUUUUCUUAUUUUGUGUUACUCUUUUUUUAUUUUAAGUGCGGUGGGCUCAUGCACAAGAAAGAAUCAAAACUAUCUGAGAAAUGGAAACCUGAGUUGUCGCUGUUUUUAUAUUGCCACAUUUUAAAUGAAGAAGACUUGAAUUGUAGUUGUCA